AUGGACGAUACAAACGUUUUCCGGCCUCUGGCAUCCCCCGAUUCCGCUUCAUCAGCCGGCGUGUCCUGGGCCAGUGAGCCCAACGACAAUUUGGACAAAACGGCCUCACCCCGCCUUCGGGCAGCCCUGCACCAACUCACCACAAAACCCAUCGACAAAAUCCACCAUUACUCCCAACUUGGAGAGUACGUAAAACAACUGUAUCAGGACAAAAGUAUGGCGGAUGUGAUAAUCCGGAUAAACGAGGAGACGUUUGCUACCCACCGAAUUGCUUUGGCGAGUCAGAGCGAAUACUUCUCCAACCUAUUCCUGAACGAGGUAUCUAAUGGCCGCCUCAAAUUACCACUGGAGAUCCGCAUCAAAGGCAUAGAGCCUGACGCUUUCAGGGCUUUCCUUAGUUACAUCUACACAGGGGAGCUCGAUGUUAGACCUGAUCUUGUGUCAGAUUUCUUGUUUAUGAGCAGUAAGCUGAAAUGUCAUGGGAUACUGGAGACCUGGCAAGACUUGUUGGACAACAUGACUCCUGAACAGGCUCUCAUCCUCGUGGACAAAGUUGCCAGCAACGGACCACUGUAUAAACAAGCUUACGACAUCGUCAGGAAAAAUUUCUACCACCUUCAAAGGUGGAAGAGAUUUUAUCACCUAAGUACUGAUACCAUGUGCAAACUCUUAACAGAUGAUCAACUUAUGGUUCGCUCAGAAAUGGAGGUCUUUGAGAUAGUUAUGGACUGGCUGAGCCAUGCCAAAAACCUCUCUCCGGAUUCAGAAGUUCGCUUGUUGAGACGAAUUCGCUAUUCAUUGAUGAGUCCUCCAGAUCUCUUCCACUGUUGUAAGAGGAGUCCUGUCUUCAAAACAGAUCCUGUAUGCAAGGAGCUUGUUCUCAGAGGGAACUGGUUGCAUACGACACAUGAACUUGGACUUCAGGAUGGUAUGACAAUAGAAGGAUCAAAACCUAGGAUAAAGAUGCCAGACGAUAUGUUUCAGGAUUCGCCUGCCUUUACCCAACCAAGCAUGAAUCCAUCUCCUACCACCAGCAUGGUCCAGGAUUCUGUGCAGCCACAACCACCCCCAGGUCUAGAGGAUAUCCCUGCAGCACCCGAAACGCGCCACUCUAACUCCGCCAGGUCCGUCAACCAAACAACAGAGGACGAGUACUCCGUGGAUGAUUACAUCAUCGGUGACCACCUACCAGCCCGUCGGAACCCACGCGCAAAGUUGACGUCAGGGCUCAGAUAUAAUGGCCCUCAGAUAGACGACUUUUUGACUGGAGACAUUUUGGCAGUUGGUGGUGCGCAGAAGAGGUCCCGUGACCAUAAAUACGGUCGACACGUUCAACGUUACAGUUCGGAGAAAAACAAAUGGAUGCAGUUCGCCCCUCUUCCGGAACACCGACAAAACCAUGCGGUUGCCAUUUUUGGAGGAAAGUUGUAUCUUGCUGGUGGAUGUGAAACCGAUAAGUCGCGAAGGGCGGCAACACAGGCCUGUAACCGAGUGUUUGUCUUUGAUACUGAAGAGACCAUAUGGUGUGAAGUGGCUCCAAUGAUAUCCAAGCGAAGGUGCCACGCCCUCUGUCCUCUCUUCGGAAAGCUGUAUGCCUUGGGUGGACAAGAUGAGUGGGGAAGAGUGUUGAACACUGUAGAGAGGUACAAUCCCCACGAGAACAACUGGUCGUACAUUUCACCCAUGAGGUUCGCUCGUUUGGGGGCAGGGGCGGCAGUAUUUAAGGGCUUCCUGUUUGUAGUGGGCGGUUACGGCGAAGAAGGUGCCCUCAACAGAGGAUUGCCCGUCCUGAAAGUCGUGGAAUGUUUCGACCCAAGAAUACACAAAUGGACUGUAAAGCACGACUUGCGCAUUCCCCGUUGUUACUGUAACCUAGUGUGCAGCAACAAGCGUAUGUACGUGUUCGGCGGUGCCGCUGAAGUGAACAACAUGCUGCAGAGCAUCUCCUCCGUGGAUCUGUAUGACCCCAGGUCAGACACCUGGGAACAUGUGGCGAACCUGAAAACUGCCAGGCAUAACAGCGGUUCCGCCGUUAUAGGCAACAAAAUCUACAUCAUAGGCGGAGUCUGUUCAAAGGAUUACAAUCAAGUUUUACAGUCUAUCGAAUGUUACAAUGCAGGGACUGGAUUCUGGGAGUCGGGGGUGGAACCUUUGCCACAUCCUUCUAAGUCUGUGGGCUGUGCUGUCUUACCAAUGAUGUCUAAAUAA